AUGCUUGUCAACUUGGCUUCUGCUAUCAAAGACGACAGCAGAUUGGCUCAGCUUGCAACAUAUGAUGUUUCUGCACCCCCAGACUUUCUCCCUCCAAGUGUGAAUCUGUUUUUGGGCUCUGCGUGCACCCUGACAGAAGACUUGAUUCAACUCUGCUGCACCAAGACACUCUUUGAGUAA